UGCGGUUGGAGAGCUGCCAGGCUUCCACCGGCUUCUCCUCCCAAUCCCGAGGCCAAGAGGCAGAACAUUCCUGUGAGACACGAGAACCUGCAGCCUCUGGCCAUGGCGGGACCCGAGUGGCAGUCCCUGGAGCAGUGUCUGGAAAAGCAUCUGCCGCCUGAUGAUUUGGGCGAGGUGAAGCGAGUUCUCUACGGCAAGCAGACUAGGAAUCUCGAUCUGCCCAGAAAAGCUUUAGAAACGGCCUCAGAAAGAAACUUUGAACUGAAGGGCUACGCCUUUGGAGCGGCCGCGGAGCAGCAGAGAUGCCCCCAGAUCGUGCGUGUGGGGCUCGUGCAGAACAGGAUCCCGCUCCCCACAUCUGCUCCUGUCGCAGAACAGGUCUCUGCCCUCCACAAACGCAUAGAGGAUAUUGUUGAGGUGGCUGCAAUGUGUGGAGUCAAUAUCAUUUGCUUCCAGGAAGCAUGGAACAUGCCCUUUGCUUUCUGUACACGAGAGAAGCUUCCUUGGACAGAAUUUGCUGAGUCGGCGGAGGAUGGGCUCACCACGAGAUUCUGUCAGAAGUUGGCAAAGAAGCAUAACAUGGUGGUGGUGUCUCCAAUUUUGGAACGAGAUCGAGAUCACGGGGGAGUUCUAUGGAACACAGCUGUGGUGAUCUCCAAUUCAGGACUAGUCAUGGGAAAGACCAGGAAGAACCACAUCCCCAGAGUGGGUGACUUCAAUGAGUCAACUUACUACAUGGAAGGAAACCUGGGCCACCCCGUGUUCCAGACCCAGUUUGGCAGGAUUGCAGUCAACAUUUGCUACGGGCGACACCACCCCCUCAACUGGCUCAUGUACAGCCUCAAUGGAGCGGAGAUCAUCUUCAAUCCCUCAGCCACCAUUGGAGAACUCAGUGAAUCCUUGUGGCCGAUCGAAGCCAGAAACGCAGCCAUUGCCAACCACUGCUUCACUUGCGCCAUUAACCGUGUGGGUCAGGAACACUACCCCAAUGAGUUCACUUCUGGAGAUGGAAAGAAAGCUCACCAUGACCUUGGCUACUUUUAUGGCUCAAGCUAUGUGGCAGCUCCUGACGGCAGCCGGACCCCUGGCCUCUCACGUAAUCAAGAUGGGCUGCUGGUCACUGAGCUCAACCUCAACCUCUGCCAGCAGAUUAAUGAUUUCUGGACUUUCAAGAUGACUGGCCGACUUGAGAUGUAUGCCCGGGAACUUGCUGAAGCUGUUAAACCUAACUACACUCCCAACAUUGUGAAGGAAGACCUGGUUCCACGCCCUAGCUCGGGUUAAGUUUGGAGACAUCACCAGCCCCAGUGGCUAAGUUUUAAAAUGUAUUUGGGGACUGGGUGGAGGUGGGAUUCAAUACCCAGGCAGGAGGAGGGUAGAAUGGGCAAAUGUAUGGGGGUUAACUGCUAAUAAUUAAUGCGUGAUUUUCUUCUGGGAACUUGAGAAUGUUUUGGGAUUCAAAAGAAGACUCAACGACAUUGAAAUUUUAUUAAAUGAAACUGGAUUGCA